AUGCCUGUGCCUGCCGCUGCGCGCCGCGCCAAGCGCGUAAUUGAGAGCGAGUCCCCAUCCGAGUCGUCCGUCGUCGAGGAUGCUGAGGAGGACGACGUCGAGGAGGACGAGCUCGACGAUGACAGUGAUGACCAGCUUGGCGCUUCCUCGGCGGUCCCAAGCGACAAUGACGACGGCGACGAGGACUUUGACGCCGCGACGCCGGAACCCCAGGUCAAGAUCAAGCUUCGCGUGACCUCUGCGGGGCGCGGUCGUGGCCGGGGUCGCGGCGGUGCUCGCGGCGGUGGUGCGGCGGCUGUUGCGACUCGCGCCGUCUCGACUGCUACCAAGCGCAAGCGCGAGCCGACCCCGGAAGAGGAAGAGGAGGACGAGUUUGAGGAUGAGGAGGGUGGCGCGAUCAGCCCGUCCAAGAUGACAGCGAGGCAGAGGGCGAGGCAGAACAAGGACUUGCAGGAGACGCUCAUUGCGCUGCCCGAUGGUCUGCCAAAGAUCAAGCCAAUCCUCACCGAGGCUGAGCGCCUGCAGAAACGCGAAGAGAUGGCCCGCCGUCGCAAGCGCCAGAACGAGCAGAGGCUGCAAGAUGAACAGGACCAAACCAUCAACCGCCUCCUGCGCGCUCAGACCGGCCGCUCGCGAACCAAGCUGGACAACGCCUCGCCCAUGCCCGACGACAGUGUGCGCGGCUCGGGUGCUCCCUCUGGCAUGAACUCUCCCGUCCGUCGUAUCCAGCCUCCAGCCGAGGGCGUGCACUACCGCAACGUCAUGGAGGGCGACAAGCUCGUUCUCAGCAUCUCGGUGCCGCCCGGCCGCGACGAGUGGAUCGCCAUUGGCAGCACAGAGGAAGAGGACAGCAAGCCAAAGCUCGGCGCAGGUAAAGAGGGGCAGUGCGGCGUCAAGGGGUGCAGCGAGAAGAGGAAGUACCGCUGCGUGGCCAAGUUUGAGGUUGGCGGGUGCAGCAUGGCGCACCUCAAGGAGGUGGAGAAGGGCCUCAAGGCUUGA